GUAUUCGUCUAUAUUUGGGUAUUUAAACCCCCAGAUAUGUAUCUCUGAUUUGAGUUGAGUGGUCAGCUGUGGUUAGAACAGAACCAGGCCGAAUUUUAGGGUAUUUUUUAUUGAAUUAUCACUUCGCCUUUUUCCCCACGGUUCAGCUGGUCAGUCAGCUAGUAAGCUAGCCAAGCUAAGCUAGCAGCUAGCAGCUACCUCCAGCAGUUGGCAGCCAUGGCUGCAGUCAUCCUGAGUGUCCCCACUCUGCAGGGCCUGAGGAUAUUCUCACAAAAACUGUCAUGGGCCAAAGGAGGCGUGAGGCUCGUGUCAGGAGAUGUGCGGAGAAUAGAGAAAGUGUUGAUCGCCAACCGCGGAGAGAUCGCGUGCCGCGUGAUGCGCACGGCGAAGAAGAUGGGCGUCCGCUCUGUGGCGGUGUACAGCGACGCAGACAGACACUCCAUGCACGUGGCCAUGGCCGACGAAGCCUACCACAUUGGUCCUGCGCCCUCCCAGCAGAGUUACCUCUCCAUGGAGAAAGUUUUGGAAGUGGCCAAGAUGUCGGGAUCACACGCUGUCCACCCUGGCUACGGCUUCCUAUCAGAAAACACAGAGUUUGCAGAGGCGUGUAAACAGGAAGGCAUCAUCUUCAUUGGGCCUCCUUCCUCUGCCAUUCGAGACAUGGGCAUCAAAAGCACAUCUAAACACAUCAUGUCAGCUGCUGGAGUGCCAAUCAUCGGCGGUUACCACGGAGAGGACCAAUCAGACAAGAGGCUGCAAGCGGAGGCUGCUCAGAUCGGAUACCCUGUGAUGAUUAAAGCAGUCCGCGGUGGAGGAGGGAAGGGGAUGCGUAUCGCAAGCUCAGACGCAGACUUCUUGGAGCAGUUGGAGUCAGCGAGACGAGAAGCCAGAAAGUCCUUCAACGAUGACGUCAUGCUGGUCGAGAAGUUUGUAGAGGACCCCAGACACGUGGAGGUCCAGGUGUUCGGGGACAUGCAUGGUAACGCUGUCUAUCUGUUUGAAAGAGACUGCAGCGUCCAGAGGAGACAUCAGAAAAUCAUCGAGGAGGCACCGGGGCCUGGUAUAAGUCCUGAGGUUCGCAGGAAACUUGGAGAAGCAGCAGUUAAAGCAGCCAAGGCGGUUAACUACGUCGGGGCAGGUACGGUUGAGUUUAUAAUGGACGCCAAUCAUAACUUCUACUUCAUGGAGAUGAACACCAGGCUGCAGGUGGAACAUCCCGUCUCCGAGAUGAUCACUGGGACCGACCUGGUGGAGUGGCAGCUCAGGGUGGCAGCAGGCGAGCGCCUCCCUCUCCUCCAGGAUGACAUCAUCUUAGGGGGCCACUCGUUCGAGGCCCGCAUCUAUGCCGAGGACCCGAACAACGACUUCCUGCCGGGGGCGGGGCCUCUGCUACAUCUCUCCACCCCUCAGCCGGACCAGUACACUCGCAUCGAGACGGGAGUCAGGGAAGGGGACGAGGUUUCGGUACACUAUGACCCAAUGAUCGCCAAGCUUGUUGUGUGGGGGGAGGAUCGAUCGGCUGCCUUGAAGAAAUUGCGGUACUGCUUACGACAGUAUAAUAUCGUGGGACUGAACACAAACAUAGAUUUCCUGCUGAGUCUCUCGGGACACCCGGAGUUCGAGGCGGGGAACGUGACCACCAGCUUCAUCCCGCAGCACUACGCCGACCUGUUCCCCGCUCCCAUAGCUCCGUCCGGGGCCACGAUCUGCCAGGCGGCCCUGGGUCUGGUGCUGCAGGAGAAGAAGAACACGCAGGAGUUCACUCAGGCCUCCACUGACCCCUUCUCUCCGUUUGGCUCCAGCAGUGGCUGGAGAAACAACAUUCAGCUGAACAGAAAUCUGACGCUGCAGGUAGGAGAUAAAAAAGUCGAUGUGCUGAUCCAGUACAACAAAGAUGGAAGCUAUAAUAUGCAGAUUGGUGAGGAGUCGCACCACGUCACCGGAGAGGUGGAGAUGGAGGGCGGAGCUUCGUUCCUCCACUGCUCCGUCGACGGAGAGAAGUCGCGCCCAAAACUGGUGAUGCUGGACAACACGGUCCACCUGUUCUCCACCGAGGGAAGCUCCCAGGUGUCGGUCCCGGUGCCCAAGUACCUGGCAGGCGUGAGCGGCUCCGGGGCUCAGGGCGGAGCCGUGGCCCCCAUGACCGGAACCAUAGAGAAGGUGCUGGUGAAGGUCGGAGAUAAAGUGGCGGUCGGAGACGCGCUGAUGGUGAUGAUCGCCAUGAAGAUGGAGCACACGAUCCGAGCGCCCAAGGCCGGCGUGAUCAAGAAGGUUUUCUUCAGCGAGGGCUCUCAGGCCAAUCGCCACGCUCCUCUGGUGGAGCUGGAGGAGGAGGGGGAGGGGGAGGGGGAGGGUAACGGGGACGGAGGCAGCCAGUGAACGCAUCGCAUCGCAAGCAACUACACAUACAAAGAGACGGGUGGAGGAGGGACCGACGUAGUUACUGUGAGCGACUGGAGCGUCCAGCUGUAGAUGUGAAACAGUGCGGAUCAUGUGUCCGAGUCUGGUUCAGUCUGGAUCGAUGACAAGAAAUUAAUUUGAGACUAUCCAACACUAAAAACAGCGACCGGAAAAGUUCCUGAGUUGAACUUGAGUCACCACAGAAAUCUGUUUGUGUCCUUCUUCGCGACAGAGUUCGGCCUUUUCACGCCACCUGUAUUUUCUGUUUCUGCUUUUCUGUUUUGUAUUUAUUCUUUAUUUUUGCUGUUAGAUUUAAAUCAGGCUGGGUUUUUUUCUUCUUUGUGUUUAAAUUAGUUCUAUUUGUCUUUUCUCUCCUGUUUGUGUUGGUUUCUGUUGCUGGUGAGGGGUUCUAGUCGAGGACUUGGGGAGUUGUUCAGCUACAGUUUGAUGCUGUUGACACAGAUUUUCUUUUUUCUUUUCUUUUACACAAACACAGACAAGUGACGAAAGAGAAUCCAUGUGUAUUAAAUCACAUUUGAGCCAGAAGAUAUUAAGUCGGUGGGAUUGCAAGUGAGAAAUUUGACACAAAAAAAUGGCAGAAUUAACCUUUAGCAGAUUAGGAAUAGUUACUGAUAACUGUCUCAUUUCCACGACCUUAAAAAAAAUUCAUCUUGGAUUAUGCAUUAUGGAUUUAUUGUCACUGCCCAGUGAAAACCAUGUACAUUAUCUAAAAAGUUGUUACACUCCUCCUCUUGUGGACUUAUUGUUUAUUCUAAGACUCUAACAAUAUUUAAAAAUGCCUUAAAACAAGACUGAUUUUCUUAAUCAAAAAAACCUGAUACUUUGAAGCAGUGAUAUAUAUUUUUUUUUGUGAAAAUAUCUUAUGGUUUGCAUUUCAAAUUCUGUCCUUCCAGACUGACCCACAACUCUGACCUUUGAGGAAAAAGAAGGAUUUUGUUUUUGAGACUCGGACGACGUGAACCUCUCUGACUCUGUUCUCACUAACUGCUUUGAGGCCUUGUAGAUUAAAACUGUUCAUACAAACAGGAUCAUUUUGUAGAUAUGUACGACUGGUGAUGUUUUUUAAAUAGAUGAAAAUGAACUGAUCUGAGACUGUAAUAAAAUAAAAUGUUGUCAAAGUA